AUGUCUGAAGGCAAACUUCUCGAGCUUCAACGAUUCAAAGCGUCUCAAGAUCUUAUGCGAGCUCGACAAUCGUCUAAGAAGCGGCAAUACGGAUUGCUGAAAAAAGCAGAGCAACUUCGAAAGGUGGCGAAAUUAGAUGUAGCCAUGAUUAUAUUCGAUCCAGAUUCUCAACAAUAUUGUAUCUAUAGAUCAAAGGAUGAUGAUUCUUGGCCGCCUCCAAUAAUGGAAAUUGCGAAGACCGAAAAUUUUGAUGCAGGACACGGAUCUAACCCAUCACCACAACAUCAUGAGAAGACUGAAAUAUCACAUGAAACAUCUCUCGUUACUCCAAGAUCAUUCGUCGAGGAAUUGGAUGAAUCCGUCGGAGAUACGCCGCCUGCUUCAAUGAUGUUAGAGGGACAAUUUGGAUCUUUGGAUAUUAGAAACAGACUGGAUUCACCGGAUUGUGCUGGCGUCGGGCAACCACAUCAACUACCUCCUGCUCUUGGGUCGUCUCGUAAAGCAUCGGAUAACUCGUCUUGCCGCCUGCUCUCCGCGGUGGUAGCUCCGGAAGGUGAAUUGGAUUAUUUUACACAAGAUCCACCUUAUCCUAUGUCACACGUUUCCCUUUGUCGAUCCUCUAGUGAUCCAAGCUCAUCUGAACCACAUUCCACUUUGCGCGAGCAGGAGCUAAAAGAUUCAUUAUCGCUACCACCCAUACCAGAUUUGCCGGAAUUUUUGAGGAGUCAACAUUUGAUAAGAUGGCAUGAUUAG